CUUCAAUCAUUUCACUCCUGACCCAAUUAAUUAGAAAGAAAAAAAAAGGAGAGAAAAUCACCAUGUUCCCGACACAAAUCCUCUCCCAAGCCGCCCGCGUCACGCUCUUUACCCGUGUCGGCUGCGGCCUCUGCGACACCGCCAAACACACCGUGACGCAGCUGCACAAGCGUCGCCCAUUCGCCUACUCCGAGUGCGACAUCGGGCUGCCUGAGAACAAGCCCUGGAAGGACGUCUAUGACUUUGACGUGCCGGUGCUGCAUGUACAGUUUCCCAAGGGCGAGAACACGUCGGAACUCUCGGAUCCGAAGAAGCUCUUUCAUCGGUGGACGGAGCAGGAGGUUGAGCAGUUGGUUGAUGAGGCUGAGAAGGCGUCUUCGUCGUAGGGUCUCUUGAUUCUCUGUGUUGUAAUCGAAGAUACCACGACCUCGCUGGGCAGUCGGGGUCACGUGCGGUGCCCGGACGGUGUGCAAAGCAGCUGGGUUGUAUGAGCCAUCUCCAGAUAUUGGGGGUAUGGACGACUCUUGCGGCGAUAAAUCCCCCCGGCUGGCUCGAUCAAUUGCCGCUAGGGGCUAGCUUAUAGCUGGUGCUUUCUUUGCCCGUUUAUGACGCUUGCGUGUCGCCCUCGGAAACCUACGCCCAUAUGGUUGGAUCUUACAGCAAGGCCCCUGCAAGAGGCUGUUAUCGACGAAUCAACAGAAUUGCCCAAUGAUAAUAAAUUAAAUGUAA